UAUAACCCUUGAAGGUCUAGAAAAAAAGCAAAUAAAGGGUUUUAAAUUAACAUCCCGGAUGUAAAAAUUGAUGUAAUAAAUUCAAAGUAAUAACUGUGUUUAUAACUCUUAUCAAUCAAGCAUUGUGAAUACUUUUUAUGAGUGAUUUAGAGUUUAGAUUUUUUGGUCGCUAAAUCAUCCAAGAAAAACAAGAUUUCUACAUAAACAUACACAUAAAAUGACAAUAUAACCUUAAAACUCGAAUUUUUUACAUUUUAUUUUUUACAAAAAGACUAUUUUAAUCAAUUUAAAAUGGAUAUAAGUAGUGAAGAAUGGUUUGUAGAUUGCUCUGAUGAUGAAAAAUAUGAGAAUGAUCCCAAGGAUGAAUGGUCUCCCAAACCUGAAGAUCUUAUUAAUUUAAUUGAUAGAUUAGAAUGUAAUAAACAAUGUCUAGAAUUGGAGUGGAAAUGUCCUGGACGGAGAGGACCUUCUCCUGUACUUCUUAAUAAUCAUCAGCCAGAUGAUAUACCAGAAUACAAGACUGAAGAAAAAGAUGAUUUUGAUUUUAUGGAUGAAAUGGCUUCACCACGUUUGUUAGUAAGAAGACAAGGUGAAGCAACACCAAAGGGUAGUGCCAAGAAAAAGACUGCAAGUUUUAAUGGUGUCUUAUCAACAAUGCUUCGUCAUCGUCGUCAAGAGCAACAAGAAAUCAAUUCAACUCCAAAAAAGUCAGAUCUUUCAAAUGUCAAGUUACAACUUCCGUAAUACAAACUCAUCUAUUUUUUAUACUUAAUUCAAAGACUUAUACAUAUGCGUGAUGUACAAAUAAGAAAUUUCUAUAAAUAUUUUAGAAAUUGAAAAAAAAAUAAAAUAAUAUAUGCAUACAUUAAAUUGGAGAAUAGAAUCUUAUUGAUCAUGUGUGAAAUAGAUUUUUUUACUGCCAAAAACAAUUUUGUUAAAUCACUCUUUGUUUAAAAUAAUUUUUCUUUGAUACAGCAAAUG